AUGAAAGGCUUCCUCGGCUUGACGCUGCUCCCAGCAUUGGCAGUUGCGUCACCAACAUGGGUGGAAUCUAUCCACAACGGGGCUGCCCCCGUCUUAUCAUCUAUGACCUCGCAAGAGAUCCCCGAUAACUACAUUGUCGUGUUUAAGAAGCAUAUCAGCCCGUCAGUGGCCUCUGCUCAUCACAGCUGGGUGCAGGACAUUCACAGCACCCAUAGCCAGGAGCGUAUGGAGCUGAAGAAGCGUGGUCUCUUUGACUUCGACUUCGAGACCUCCUUCCUGGGUAUGAAGGACACCUUCCACGUCGCUGGCUCGCUCAUGGGAUACUCUGGUCACUUCCACGAGGAUGUCAUCGAACAGGUCCGCCGGCAUCCGGAUGUCGAAUAUAUUGAGAAGGACUCCGAAGUCCGCCACUAUGAACAACCCGUUGUUGAGAACGGCGCCCCCUGGGGUCUAGCCCGUAUUUCUCACCGUGACAGCCUUUCCUUCGGUAGCUUCAACAAGUACCUCUACGCCGAGGAUGGCGGUGAGGGUGUUGAUGCUUAUGUGAUUGACACUGGUACCAACGUUGACCACGCUGACUUUGAGGGUCGUGCCAACUGGGGCAAGACUAUCCCUCAGGGCGAUGAAGAUGAAGAUGGAAAUGGUCACGGCACUCACUGCUCCGGUACCAUCGCUGGUAAGAAGUACGGUGUCGCCAAGAAGGCCAACGUCUACGCCGUCAAGGUUCUGCGCUCUAGCGGCUCUGGCACCAUGUCUGAUGUUGUCAAGGGUGUAGAGUGGGCUGCUGAGGCUCACAUCAAGAAGGCUAAGGACGCCAAGUCCAAGGGCAAGAAGGGCUGGAAGGGCAGUGUUGCCAACAUGUCGCUGGGCGGCGGUAGCUCGCGUACCCUCGACCUUGCUGUCAACGCCGCUGUCGAUGCUGGUAUCCACUUCGCCGUCGCUGCUGGUAAUGACAACGCCGAUGCUUGCAACUACUCUCCUGCUGCUGCCGAGAAGGCCGUUACCGUCGGUGCCUCCACCCUGGCUGAUGAGCGUGCCUACUUCUCCAACUACGGAAAGUGCACUGACAUCUUCGCCCCUGGCCUGAACAUCUUGUCCACCUGGAUUGGCAGCGAGCACGCUGUUAACACCAUCUCUGGAACCUCCAUGGCCUCUCCUCACAUUGCCGGUCUGCUGGCCUACUAUGUCUCUCUGCAGCCCGCUUCCGACUCGGCUUUCGCCGUUGCUGAGAUCACUCCUAAGAAGCUCAAGGAGGCUCUGAUCACCGUCGCCACCUCCGGUGCUCUGACUGAUAUCCCCUCCGACACUCCUAACCUCCUCGCCUGGAACGGUGGUGGUUCAUCCAACUACAGCGACAUCGUUGCCGCUGGUGGCUACAAGGUCGACGCUGUCGACAAUGUCAAGGAUCUCAAGGAUCUGGUUGACAGUGCUGAGAAGGCCGCUCACCAGGAGCUCAGCGCCAUCUACAGCCACAUCAAGGAUGCUGUCUCAGCUUAG